AUCACCACAUAUACAUCACUUUUAAACUUUGGCGUACUUGGAAGGAAGUCGUAGAAGCAUUUAAAAUAAGCGGUAAAAUUGUGUACCAUUGAAAAAAUUUUCACGUGCUCCCUUAACAUAGAAGUUUUAAUAUCAAAAAUUCAUUGAAACUGAGCGCUAGCAGCAAUAUUCUCUGGACUUGACUACUUAGCUACUGGUAUAAAUCUAAAAAAAAUCAUGUCUGACUGGGAAGAUGAGCCUUCAAAUGCCGUUGCAUCUCAAGUGGAUAAAUUUGAUGGUGCGCAACCAAAGUCCAAUGAUGUUGGCGAAUGGAGCGAUUGUGAAGAGAAUAAUGACAACGGCGGCGAUGAUAAAGGUGACAAUAAAACCUGCUACCGUGCUCGACGUGAUGAUGGUGGAAACGGCGUUCGUGAACGUCGUAAUAACGGAGAGGCAGGCUUCCGAGGACAUCGCCAUAAGGACAACGAAGGCGUGCCAGAAUUGUUCUCCAGAUUCAGCACAGGCUUGCAACUGCCGUUAACCUAUGACAAAGAAUCGGUCGAGGCGUUUAUUAAGCUGCCUAAUAUAAAUGAUCUUAAUAUGGCAUUGGCAAAAUUGCGAAAGCAGCGCGACUUUUUACAGGCUGCUUUUAAAAAGCUGGUUGACAACGUGUGGGAGAUACAGGAGACCUCGCAACGAGCGAAACGAAAGCAGAAGGCAAUUGAUUUACGCGAUGCAGUUUUAAAGUCUGAUCGCAUCAUAUCGGAAAUAAACCAAUUGAUAUUCGAAAGGGAUGAUGAGCAACAGCCAAAUGUAAAUUGGUUGAUUUCUAGUUACUUUACUGAUUCGUUUGUGGUACCAGGUACGCCUAAUGGGCACCUUGCGCAAGAAGAAUCGAACCCAACUGCAGCGGCAGCAAGAGUAACAAGAACGCCAGCACAACCGCAAAGAGUUGCAUCAAUAAGAAAUGCGCCUUCAGAACAGGAUAUAGAUCGAUUGAGACGUCUUUUAAGGAAAGUCGGACUAAAUUACGAAGAAACGUAUGAUUCUUCUGAAGUACCCGAAAUUAUACGGGAACUCGAGGAUUUAGAAGUGUCUUUAAAUCAACAAGUGUCAUUCGUAUUUCACCGCUGCAUUUCCGAAGAGGUUACAAAUUUGCACUCAAUGCGUAAAAUGAGCUGUUUGCCACAUCAACAAUUAAGGGAGAUAAAGGUCUGGCCCAUUGUUAAACACAACUCAAUUUGGUUUUCUAAUAUGAUGUGUAAACCGCACUUGUUGAUUAAAUUAGUUGACGGUGUGAAACAUUUGCAAAUGGAGCAGGUUGAUGUCGGAACCAGCGGUCAAAUUAAUUUUCCGCGUCAGGAGCUGUCUGAAAAUCUUGUUACGCCGGACUAUGUCGGAUUGGCCAUGGACAACCAGCAUUCUACCGUGCAGGAGAAUGAGACAACCCCAAGUGGUGCCAUUGCGACUACUCCUAAUCACAGUGUACCAUCACAACCAUUAAUUACUUUAGCUCAGGGAAAUUUAUCGCAAGAGGAUGCUUAUUUAAUGCCCCCGCCGCAUCUCCCACUGGAAUUAGAAACAGACAGUGCCGUACAUUCCUCAUCGAAUGAGCUAAGUUUGGAUGACAAUAUCUCGGCGUCGACGAUAGUUCGAUCACGUAUUGCGAAACCUCCCACGCCAUUACAAUCAUAUCGUCAUCAACUGCCAGCAAUAAAUGAAGAACUUCAGAUGCGUUCUUCGGCUGGCCGUGUUCUGGAAAUGUCUGAACCACCUCUGCUACAAACACCGAACACGACCUUGCCAGAUUUUGCUGUUCCGUACACUACUCCGUCCCAACGCGAUUGGUCCUCAAUAUUUCGUCCACGAACUUUUGCUCCAAAUUAUCUGGAAGAUAAUGUCCCUGUGCCCAAAGUAAAACGCAGACGCCGCAUAUAUGAAAGAAAUACUCUUAACGUCAAUGAGCCGGUACAAUCAAGAAGUAAUCAAGAGAUUACAACUGCUUUUGUAACUGAGUUGCUGCAGGCAGCAGUUAGGGAUGGAGAAGAUAUGUCAACUGCAAAUGUUACCCAGCAACAUAUUACAGAUGAAACUCCAUUGAUAACACCACAAGUCAUGGAUAAUACUCCACCAGAACUCAUACAAAUGAAUCUUCCUACUUUCUGUUCAGACAAUUUGCCAGAUAGACCGAUAGUGACAUCAAUUGAAAUAAUUCGACCACCAGAAAGUGUGAGCCUGUGUGGCGGACAAGAAAAUCAUACAAUUGAGAGCAGCACUUCCAACGUAACGCAAGCAAUGAUCACCCCAUCAACGCGACUCAUAGAUGAUUCGAUGUCGAAUGCCAAUGAUACUCCACAACAGCCACAGCAGAAACAGGAGUGCAUCCAAGAACGUUUAUAUGGCAACAACAUAGAAGACUUAAAGUUUAUUAUCAAGCAUGAUAAUUUACUUCGUUUGAUGGUAGACAAUUAUAGACAAGUGGUUGCUGAACAAGUACAGGCCAAUCUAAUAAUUGAUGGCAAUCCGAGAAAUGGAACUGAACUUGCGAAACCCAAAGAGGGAGGCAGACCACAUUAUGUCUCAAUACCUGCCUUGUACACAUACGAUCCGAUUAUUGUUAAAGAUAUGCCAGCAUUGAAGAGGAGCGUUGCACACAGUUUGAUCUGUGCGCUCGUCAUGCAACCAAGGGUCGACAUGCGUUCGGUGGCAUUCAUCAAAACGAGGAUGGAGGCAGCUAUUGCUUUUCGAAUCUUAUUGGAGCUUAAAGCUGCGAACCUCAUUAAUAUCAGCAAAGACGGAUACACUUCAUCCUUAUGUUAAAUUCCUUAUGCGUUUUUUU